AUGGUCUCGUUCCCUAAAUUAAAAAAUCCUGUCAGGGAAGGCAACGCUCGUAAAAACGCAGCGAUAGAGGAGAAAGCUACAUUGGGGAAACUUGGGACGUCGCACCUAGAUGGACUAGUGGCUAGCGACUACGAGCAACUCAAACCAAUUCUUAUUUUGCUAGACUGUCAAAGUCGGAAGUCGUACAUGUGGUGGGACAGUACAGAAUUGCUAUUGCAAUUGAGGGGUGCUACGGAUAUGUAUGCCGUAAGCAGGUUAUUGCUUCGUGGAACAGAGCUACAGAUUCUGGUGGAUUCAGAAGCAAACGAGUAUGACAACUGUGUUGUGCUUGAUGUUGCUAAUGGCAUGUCUGGAACGACAUGGAGGCUUGAACACUCAUUUUUAGAACUGGAUGGCGGAAAUAUAACCUUGCUGGGACGUACCCCUGAGGCACUUUUGCAGUUGCGUCACCUCUUCGACAUGUGCAUGCUUGCGCGCUUCGAGUACAUGUCGCUGUACAAGGCCCUUACGGCCACGCUCAUUUCUGUAGUGGGAACGAGAAUCUCAGAUAUCUCAAUGUUGCUAAACUCGAACCACUCGUACAAGGAUUGGUGCCAUAUCUAUGUGAACGGGGGAUGGGUCAAGGCUUGGUGUCACGUAGAUAAGAGCUCCAAGUCGUCCGACUCCCAGAAGGGAAAACGGCAAAUAAAGUUUUUCACAGAUGACAAGUCGUUGUCUUCCAAGGACUUGAUUUGCUUUAUCCCAGACUGUGGCGACGAACAAGACCUUUUUUUUGUGCCGGAGUAUGAUGGCAGCAAUCCUGGCGAUUCUAAUUUAACAGGCCCCAUCUCCAGCAUACGCGACCCACUUGGUUGCAUGGAAUCUCGCUUAUCAAAGCUAACUUGUCUGCGACUCGUUGGUGACGUGUACUGGCCGUCCGAGGAAACGGAGUCCAGUAGAAGCAGGUCUUCUUCCACGUCGUGGGUCAAUCGCUCGCCCAAGAAACGCUCCGAGUCUACUUCGCACUCAAGUUUUUCGUUCUCCCCCAAGCACAGGAGAACUCUGUCGUCGGUAUCUGUUACGUCCAGCGUGUAUCACGGUAACCUGAAUGAAGGGUCGCAUUCCAUCACCACUGAGCUCUUGAUCAAACCUAUUCCUCAUGAUGGUGUUUUUCAUUUAGAGUCCAUGAUCAGGUGUGUGUUGCCUAUGAUGAGCAGUUUACGUCUCUAUGGACGCCCUGUUCAGUUCAAAAAUAGCCGUGAUGACAUUAAUUCGUUAGUGUUCGGGCUUCCCAGACUGCCAACCAUCGAUUAUUUCGCUCGAGAGGAAAUCCAGCCCUUAUUUGAAUAUUCUCAUAAAAUGCAAAAUCAGUCUGAUUCUUACCUUAAGACGGUAGCGGGCUACAAGGCUUUUUUGCAAGAGAGGCUUAAAGAUAACGCCCGAGACAAGAGAUCUUUUACUACCUUGGCUGACGUGCUUCGUAUAGAGAAUCCACGCGAACUUGCAUUCAGCUCGUCUUGCUCUAGUACUAGCUCCCCGUUAAUAUAA